AACAGGUGAAAGUUGCGACAAAUGGGAGGUGUAUGACGGAGUAGAUUGUGUGUGCGCAAGCGGCGACCUCAAACAAUCGCACUGUGACGGCGAGAACGGCAUGGUGUGUGAUGACCAUGGUGUGCAAUAUCAGUCAAAAUGUCAUUUUGCCCUUGCCAUGUGUCAAGGACGUAUUUCCAUAAAAAGAAAAGUGAAAUCUUGCGGUUCCUGCAGGUGGAUAAGAGUGUCAUACAGUAAACCAAAGAAGACGCCUCAAUCUAUUUAUUUUCGAAAAAAUGGAAAUGGAACUGGAUAUGAAGCGCAAUACAAAUCCUUAGGAAUCGGUUCCCUAUUGUUCUUCGAAAGAACUCUUAAUUCUUGGGUUAUUGGCAUUAAAAACAGGACGGGGACAUUUGUGUCAAUGGUUCAAGAAGAAAAAGUUCCCUUUCCACAAGAUAGUAAUGGCGCAAUGUUGGUUGUAAUUGGAUUGAAAGGAUCAACGGCAAUAUUAAAAACAGAUCCAUAUUUUACGAUAAAAUGUAUAAAAGACUUCUCCAGAACCACUGGACCAAGUUCAACCACUGAUCCCAAAGCAUCCUUAUUGUGUAAAGGAGAUUCAGAUUUGUUCAAAUGA